UCCAGGUAAAGUUAUUUACACCUGUACAAUUUACCUGACGUUUUAAAAACUUAUAUUUGACCUACAUAUAUCAUUUGCCGGCAUUCAGCUUUUGUAGAUUUUUUUAGAUGUUUUAUUAAUGAAAUUAGUUUGUGUUUAGACAAGUAUUCGUACCUGUAAAUCAUGGAGGAGCAAAGUGCACCUAAACAAGAUGGUCUGCUUAGACAGGACCAGGUGGAAGUAUGUGAACGUGUCACAUAUCUGGAAAAGAAAGUUCGCGUACAAGAAGACGAAAUAGUAUGUCUUAAAAGUGCUGUCGCUGAUAUCUUACGGAGAUUGAAUCAAGUAGAGGCAGAAAAAGCACAGAACAGCAUUCUUCCUACCAAACCAGUAUUCAAGUCUUCUACACCUCAUAAAACAACCCCUAGAACACCAAGACGUACUCCGUUAGAUAAUGUGUACGUUACACCACCAACUAGACACUCAACACCGCCAUCCUCGGCAAAGUCAAGAACUCCAAUCAAGAAAUGGGGCUCAAUGACAAACUCAACAGAAUUGAAUGGAUCUCAUAAUGUCAGACGUAGCGUUUCACAGACCAAUCUAUUAUCACGGAGUCAACAAAAACAAGGUUCUAAAGAUCCCCAAUGGAAUUCAGAGGAGGGAAAUUUAAGAAUAUACCUGAGGGGACGACCAGUCAGUUUGUAUGCUCCUUCAGAUUUAGCAGAUUAUUCUGUAGAUAAAGAAGUGACAACACCAGACCAGAAAUUACAACUAGAAUAUGUUUUUGGAUAUAGAGGUAGAGAUUGUAGGUCUAAUCUGUACUACCUGAAUGGAGAAGUCAUUUACUUCUGUGCUGGUGUGGUGGUGCUCCACAAUCCGGAGGAACAAACACAGAGACAUUAUCUUGGACACACAGAUGAUGUUAAGUGUUUGGCAAUUCACCCUGAUAAAGUGAGGGUAGCCACUGGUCAAGUUGCUGGACAUGACAGAAAGGAUUCUAAGAAAAAGAAAGAAGAGUCUGAUAAAAAGCCACAUGUGCGUAUCUGGCACUCGACUAGUCUGAACACACUUCAUGUCAUUGGGAUUGGUGACUUUGACAGAUCUGUCUGCUGCUUGUCAUUUUCUAAACAGGAUGGUGGAGCUAAAUUGUGUGUUGUUGAUGAAAGUAAUGAACAUGAACUGUUUGUGUACGAUGUGGAGAAAGGUCGUAAGCUGGCUAGUACUAAAGGUAGUCAAGAUCCUGUAUUAGCUGUUGAAUUCCAUCCAUCAGAACCAAAUAGUAUAAUAGAUGUAGGCAAAGGACACAUACAGUUUUGGACCUUGGAAUCUGGAAAACUGACUAAAAAAAGUGGCGUGUUUGACAAAGUGGACAAGCCAAAGUACAUGUUGUGUAUUGCUUUUGCUGAGAAUGGUGACGUUAUUACUGGUGACUCAAAUGGCAGCAUAGUUGUCUGGCCCAAAGGAAGCACUAAGGCCGGUCAAGCAAUAACUGGGGCACAUGAAGGUGGAAUAUUCUCCAUCUGUGUAGACCCAGAGGAUGGAACCAUAUUAACAGGGGGUGGAAAAGAUAGAAAAAUUAUACAAUGGGACAGUUCAUAUCAACGUACUGGACUCAUGAAAGAGAUAGGUGAAGAGUAUGGUGGUGUUAGAAUGAUCAGUAAAGGUCAAGGUGGACCAACAUUGAUUGGAACUACAAAGAAUGCAAUACUAUGUGGGUCAUUGGACUUAGAGCUGCAACCUUUAGUUCAGGGCCACAUUGAUGAGCUGUGGGGACUUGCCUGUCAUCCAUCACAACAACAGUUCUUGACUGCAGGAUCAGAUAAGAUGAUUCACAUGUGGGACAGUACAGCAAAGACAGCUGUCUGGUCUUUAGAAUUACCGGACCCUGGACAUUCAUGUUGUUUCAGUCCAGAUGGCAGUGCAGUAGUUGUUGGCAUGGAAACAGGCAGAUGGGUUGCCAUAGAUACAUCAACACACAACAUAGUGGCUGAGCAUACUGAUGGCAAUGAACAGAUAGAAUGUUGUUUAUUUUCGCCAGAUGGAUCUCACUUAGCACUUGGUUCUAGGGACAAUUAUAUAUAUGUUUAUGAUGUCCAGGAGGGAGGACAGAAAUACAAUCGUAUUGGUAGAUGUCAUGGCCAUAGUAGUUUUAUAACACAUAUUGACUGGUCAGCUGAUGGGAAAUAUAUAUGCAGUAACUCAGGAGAUUAUGAAGUUCUAUUCUGGAAUGUACCCAGUUGUGAGCAGGAGACCUCAUCUUCCUCAUUAAGAGAUGUUGAAUGGGCUUCACAAAACUGUACCUUGUCAUUUGCUACUGCAGGAAUCUGGCCAAGAGGUGCUGAUGGAACUGACAUAAACAACUGUGCAAAAGCACAUAAAAAACCACUACUGGUAUCAGCUGAUGAUUUUGGCAAAGUCAAUCUGUUCAAGUAUCCAUGUAGUCAGCCUAAGACAAAAUGUCAGUCCUUCAAAGCUCACAGUAGUCAUGUGACCAACGUAGCGUUCCUAUUUGACGAUUCUCGUGUGCUGUCAACAGGAGGCAAUGACAUGUCUGUAAUGCAGUGGCAGAUAGUGGCAGCUGAUAAUGACUGAAGACCAAAGUUAGUGCUGGGACGAACAGGACCUUGUUAUACCUUACCUUUUUAGGCUGAACUUAAAAUACUUGUAUGAUCAGUGACAGUUACAAUGGAAUCUUUGUAUAGGGACUGGUUUCUUGCUAUUGAAAUGGAAAUUUAACUUUUUGGAUACCUUUAUUGUUGUUUCAUUUUAUCUAGUGCAACUCAUUUGGUUUUUAUCGGAGAAAUUUAUAACACAAUCUUUACAGAAGGACAGGUUACCUUUAAAUAUAGAAUUUAUGAAUCUUUUAUUGUUAUUUCCUUUUAUUGAAUGAUUUCCACUCUUAAUGUUAGUGGUAAAUGACUGUUAUAAUGGAACUGUUACGUUUUGAUACUUUUUCUUUUACAAACUUACUUAUUAUUUGCCAUUUCAGAAUCUAAUGCAUCCUGGGUAAUAUUUUCAAAAGUGAACACCAAGGUUAAAAAUGUCAUAGACAAUGGAAAUUCAACCAAUGAAAUAAUGGUGUUUUUUUUUCAUUUUAGUGUACGAACAAUGAAAUUACCCAUAGUCCUUUAGAUUCUGAAAUGGUCAAUUCAGUGAUUUGUUACCAAAAGUACCAUUUCUUAUCAUUUUUCAUGAAAAUUUAACUUAAUUUGUGGUUUGUCAUUGUGUGCUUACAAAUUAAUUUUACUUUUUUGUUUUAUUGAAUGAAAGUAAUGUGUAUGUGGUUGCAACAAACUAAAAGAAAUAAGUUGCCCUCCUUUUGGGUAUUUUUAUUGAUCUGUCUGAUGUGAGAAUUACUCGAUAUAAAUACUCUUGUGAAGAAAAAAUAAAAUGUAUUUGCAUGUUUCAGUUUUUAGAUGUACAAACCAUAAAUUAAGUGUUACAACUUUUUUGUAAAACCUCUAAAAUUUAUAAUCACAAAUUCAAAUUGAUUCAUACAUGUAUUAUACAAGAUGAUUGUAAUUGUUAACCAAUUCAAAUUCAGGUCCACAUUAUUGGAAAACACUUUAUUAUAUAUUCUUUGAGAGAGAGAAAAGAAAAGGAUGUAUUUAAUAAAAUCUUGCCAUUUUCAUUUGGAGGAGGAAAUAACAUUUCUGUUUGAAUUUAAAGAAAUAAUCUGUUGUUAAAGAUCAAUAAUAUUUUUUAACUUUAAUAUAUGAUAAUCAAGUUCUAAUCAAUUUUCUUUAAUCUAGAUAAUCAGGCUCUUAUAGGUUUUACUGUAAUCAUGAUAAUCAAAUAGGUUUUACUGUAAUCAUGAUAAUCAAAAUUAAUAGAGAGAAGUUGGUAUAGUAUAGGAUCAUUCUAAAAAUUGUAAAGCAACUAAUUGUAAGAGAAAUUCUUCAUGAAAAUUUUUUUGUAUCCUUUAUUGCAUUUAAUACCAAGUCUUUUACAAUAUCUGCCAUUCGCCCUUUCAGAAUCUUGAUAGCAUUCUGGGUAUUAUUUUCAAAAGCGUACACUGAAGGCUUGUGUUUGGUUUAAAAAGUUCUAAACAAUGCAAAUGAACAAUUGAUACCCAUAAUGCUUUAGAUUCUGAAAAGGUGAAUUGGUAAUAGUCUUUGAUGCAUUUAUGUAAAAUUUGAAUUUAUAUGUUACAUAUAUCAUGUCUUCUGAUUGGCUGAUGUUGUUUUGUUUAUCAGCUUAUAGGCGUAAUUUUGUCAUGCGACCGUGCCGUCUUCAACUUUUUUUUCAAGGUUUACUCUUGUUCAAAAUGGAAUUAAGAAUUAAAUUAUAAGAAAUUACUAAUAUGUUUUCAAUCUAUUCAAAAUAACAUAAAAAAAUGUUAUUUCUUCAUAGACAGAAAAAAUAUUACAGUCAUUCCUUAAUUGACAAAUGAGCUGCAUCAUAUAGAAAUCAACCUUAUGCAUAGGUGCUUAUAUAUGAACUUGUUUAAGACUUUGAUAAAUUUUUGGGACAUUCAAAUACAAAAUUAAUGAUGAAUUUUGAUCUGUUGCCUAGUUUUUCUUUAUAAACAACUCAAUUUUAACAGUUACAGACUUUCCAUAGAGAUUUUUCAUCCCAAUAGAGUUUAACAGAUAUUUUUAUGUAUUAAUAUUCGUUUGUAUUAGGUUGAUUUUAUCUGAUAGAGGUCAAAUAAUGAUGUUUAGAAUUAGAAAAAGGUACCCCCCCAAAAAAAACAAUUGAGCAAUUUUCAUACUCAUAAGAUGUCCUAGCAUCAACAAUGAUAGUCUGCAUUGAGAUUAAAAAUACAAAUUGUUUAUAGAAUGAAUAAUUCUGCAAUAGUAUAUGUAGAUUGUUGGUAAUAUUCUAUAUUCUUUGUUGUAAAAGGGAGAUUUUAUUAAGUACUAAAAUUAAGACAUAAUACUAUAUUUGUUGUUUACAAUAAUUCUAUGAUAACAAAGGUGAUAUUUCCAUGGUAACACUGCCAGUUUGAUGUUGUAUAUGAAUGUUAUAUAAGUCAGUGUUUGUUGAGAGAUGAUACUAUUAUAUAAUGAUGCAUGCAUCUUGUUUUUUGUUGUGUACUCUAUAUUUGAUAAGACUACUAUAGAUAAUAAAAACAUUUCUUGUAAA